GAUGACUAGAUGAGUUGUGAGAUUUCAUAGCCAGGGGAAGAAAUCCUUUAUUACAAUGCCGCAUUACUUUGUUUGACGUGAUUCACUUUAUAUCACAUUAGUGUUUCUCUGUCUCCGUUGUGGAGAUUUCCAAUGGAAUCGGCCAUGGAGAUGGCAUUUAAGAUACGGGCGUCUAAGUUCCGCCAUGUGUAUGGCAAGGCGUACCGCAAGGAGGCGAGUUACGAGAACAUCCGCAUCACGCGCAACGCCCACGACAGCAGCUUCUGUUGUGUUAACCCUAACUUCCUCGCUGUCGUCACGGAGAGUGGAGGAGGGGGGUCCUUUGUGGUGCUCCCCUUAGAGAAGUGUGGACGAGUGGACAUCAACACUCCACGCGUGUGCGGCCACGCUGGGGCCAUCCUCGACAUCAAGUGGAACCCAUUCAACGAUCACAUCAUAGCAUCCUGUUCAGAAGAUUCCACCGUAAAAAUAUGGCAGAUACCCGAACAGGGCCUCACAGGUAACCUCUCUGAUUGGUUGGUCGACAUGCACGGACACCACAGAAGAAUUGGUUAUUUGGAGUGGCACCCGACAGCGGAUAAUAUUCUCCUGUCAGCUGGUUUUGAUUACAAGUGUUUGAUAUGGAACAUCGAACAGGCUGAGCCAGUGAAUGUUAUCAACUGCCACAGGGAGACGAUAUUCUCCAUAUCGUGGAACCACGAAGGCAGUCUGUUCGCUACCACAUCCAAGGACAAGAAACUCAGAGUUAUUGAUCCUCGCACGGCUUCCGUCGUCGCGGAAGCUGAUACACACAACGGUUCGAAGGCAUCCAAGAAUGUAUUCAUCAGUAACCACAAAAUAUUUACAACGGGGUUUGCUCGAACCAGUGCUAGACAGUAUGCACUCUGGGAUAUUAGGAACAUGUCCGCUCCACAGCAUCAAAACGACAUCGACAGCUCCAGUGGCGUGCUCAUGCCAUACUUCGACUACGACACUAACGUCAUGUUUAUCCCAGGCAAGGGAGAUGGGAAUAUUCGUUACUAUGAAAUAGUGGAUGAAUCUCCAUAUAUACAUUAUCUCAGUGAAUAUAUGUCUUCUUCACCACAGAGAGGACUCGGUGUGAUGCCAAAGCGAGGCUGUGAUAUCAACAAGUGUGAAAUUGUUCGCUUUUAUAAACUGCAUGCAGGGAAAAACCUAGUUGAACCCAUUUCUAUGAUAGUGCCUAGAAAGUCAGAGAAAUUCCAGCCUGACAUUUUCCCACCCACAGCGUCUUCUGUCGCGUCUCUAUCAGCUGACGAGUGGAUCUCGGGACAAAACCGUGAACCGAUUGUCGUAUCCUUAGAGGACGGCUCGGUCACUAACACGCCCAAAAUAACCACUUCAAAAGCGGUACAGAAACAGGAUGGUGUUUUACAACAAGCGCCGAUGAUUACGACGUACAAGGCCAUGAACCGGACCCGUGCAUCUGGGGACUGGAGAUCUAACCGCCCAAAUACCAUCGCCUCGGAAACCGUACCAAACAACAUGGUAGAGUCCAUGUCGGAACCGGCCUCCGUGAAAAACAUCAAGCGUCUGAGCUACAACGAAGACUAUGUGACCAUCAGGGAGAACCAGGGCAGGAUUCAGAAGACGAAAUCCAUGUUUGAGGGCCACGAUUCUGAAGUGCCCCCGUCCCCUCCUCCCCCCACCGAGCCGAAGCAGUACCAGAGGAAAAUGUGGUCGCCCACCUCCCCCGUCCCCGCGAACACCACCGUCAGUCUGAAUGGCAUCAACUGCUCCGAUUCAGAGCCUGGGUUGUCUCCCUUGAGGGCCUUCUCAUCACCAUUAUCUCCCCUGAUAUCGAGUCUCGAAGAGUUUUCUUCCAUGACGUCACGUAAACAAGAGUUCUGUCCCCUGAUAUCAAGUCACCAAGAGUACUCUCCCCUGACAUCAAGUCACCAAGAGUUCUCUCCCAUGCAGCCCGAUUCUUCUGAUUUUUCUUCGUUGAUGACACCAGUCUUGUGUAGUUCGGACAAUGACGCCCUCCAGUGGCAGGAAAAUGCAGUCUAUGUUAGAAAGAAACGCCAGCGUAUGGAAAGUGCCACACCCCCCAGUAGUCAAACAAACGGUAGUUUCGCCAAAUUAGUCAUUGACGAAGUGUCUCCUCGGUCACAUGACCAUAAAAUCCAUAUACAGAAAGUUUGGCACGCACACCAGCCCGUUCACAAGGCUUCCGAGACUCGUCUCCAUGGCGACCCAGAGGUCCUAAACUGUCGCUCUCCAAAUCAGCAAGUUCAUCUGAAGAAGGCGUACUUUCAACAGCAGGAGGAGGUUCGGUCGCUGAAAGAACAAAUCAAGUUGAAAGACAAGAGAAUCAACCAGCUAGAAGACGAACUUAGACUCGUCCGCGAGGGAUCCUGCAGUCAUAGGGAAAGCAACUGCUGACAAUCACAGAGUUACGUCCCUUGCUAUGCUGGUGCAUGUGUUUAUUCCUUGGCACAGGGUCGACAUAACUGGAUCUUUGGAAAUGAUAACAAAAAAAAGUUCUGAGUGAUGAUCUGUUGUGAUGUGUGGACUCAGAAACGAGGUAAUGGCUGCAGUUGUGUCCCUUGAUCAAACAGUUAUGUCCCUUGGUGUGAAAUGAAGUCUAUAUAUAGAUCUUUAAACAAUGAUGGGAAGAAAAAGUGCCAUAUAUUUCUCCCUUUUAGGGAUAUUAUGUACUUAUUUCCCUUGUGGGGAGUUUAGUUUAUAUACUGACCUAAGAAACCUCUAGUGAAAGAAACUUAUAUACAGGUAUAUAUUAUAUACACACAAAUAGAUAUCCACAGUUACUGCCCCUCGGUUGUUAAACUGUAUGUACAGGCACAGACAUAUCCACUGUUACUGCCCCUUGGUUUAUACUAGCACAGAAAUAUCCACAGUUACUGCUGCUUGGUUGUUAAACUGUAUGUACAGACAGAAAUAUCCACAGUUACUGUCCCUUGGUUGUUAAAAUAUAUACAGGCACAGAAAUAUUCACAGUUACUGCCCCUUGGUUUUUAAACAAUACAGACACAGAAAUAUCCGCAGUUACUGCCCUUAGUUAAACAAUACAGGCAUAGAAAUAUCCACAGUUACUGCUUCUUGGUUGUUAAAAGUAUUUACAAAACACGUAGGUACGCAUACCUUUCCGAUGCAAGCUCUACAGGCAAUAUAGACUAAUCAGCAAGGGAAAGAACUCUCAAUUACAAUUGUAGAAUUAUUUCCCCUUGUGAAUCUAAAAUACAAGUGCUGCUUUUUUGUGCAAUUCCAUCUUUUGUUUGCCUUAUAUAUAGUCAAAGCUGUAGCAAGACCGACUGGCCUUAAAGGAAAUAUGGAGUAACCAUGGAGACAAAGAACUCGGAAUUACACCAAGUCUUGUAGAAUUAUGUCCCCUUGUGAGUCGUUUUUGUGUUCUGCUUUUUACUUCGCCUGAAUCACAGACAUGAAAAGAUCCUCAGGAACUAUAGGAAAUAUGGAGUAACCAGAAAGGGAAACAACUCUUGAUUACACUGUCAGAAUUGUUUCCCCUAUGUGAGUGCAUAAAGUGCUGUGUUCUGUGUUCUAUUUUUACUUUGCCGUAAACAUCUAUGAAAAGGAAAGCAGCCAGACAGGAAAGUGAAAAUUCCCACCAGUGGAAAGAGUAAGGGGACCUUGUGUGUGGCAUUGUUUAAUUAAUGUUUCUUUCAUACUGUAAUCUGACCUGUCAACCAUAUUCCAUCGCCCCUCCUCCCCCCCCCCCCCUUUUGCAAUAGACAUCAAAGCAGCCAACCAUUGGCUAGAGUUUUCUAUUGUGUUAUGUGUAGGCUAUUUUUGGUUAUGUGAUCAUGGCUUCUUCCUUUUGUGGUAUGUGCUGUUCUGUCUCUGAUAAAGUACAUAUAAGAGGUCCUAUACCAUUAAUGGGAAUCCUAUUCCGGAUGGAGGAGCCGGCCAAGGCCAACACCUGCACCCAGGACAGGCGUGCACUACAACAGCUUGUUCUGAAUGUGCACAUAAAACCCUAUGACCUGACCUGACCUGACCUGCUAAUGGGAAAAGGGUUCUUACACAUACUGAAAAUCCUGGAAUGUCCUGGAAAACUUAUUAAAUUUUAUUGUGUCUUGGAAAUGUCCUGGAAAUUUAGACCAAAAAUUCAGUGGUUUAUUUUUCCUGCAUGUGUACUUUUGUUGUUCUCAUAACCUGUCAAAUUCAGACAACAAUUUGUUAUAAAAACAUUAAUUGAUUGAACAUUUAAUAUCCUGGAAAAAAUAAAAAAUAAAGUCUUGGACAAGUCCUUAAAUGUUUUUUUCAAGUGUAAGGACCCUGUACACAUUUCAGGACUCUUUAAUUGUUGAUUAGUGACCUCCACAUACAUGUACGUCCUCCUUUAGAUCUGCCUCUUGGUAGUGUAUAUUCUUCUUCUUUUUCCUUCUGCGUUCAGUUUCUUUAUGCUCCUUGAAUUCAAAUUGUGAGUUUUACUGCCUCCAUGAACUCCACAGUCAGCAGCAGGUCAUCUCUUUUGCACCAAAGUUUUUCUUGAUUGUUCUGGGUUGUUGGUAGAUAUUUUCUCUGAUACUGUCAUAUGUUGGACAUCUUUGCAGUACAUGCUCUGAUACUGUCGUAUAUUGGACAUCUUUGCAGUACAUGCUCUGAUACUGUCGUAUAUUGGACAUGCUCUGAUACUGUCGUAUAUUGGACAUGCUCUGAUACUGUCGUAUAUUGGACAUGCUCUGAUACUGUCGUAUAUUGGACAUGCUCUGGAGCUUGGUGUUCCUUUCCUUGCCAUCCUUUCACAUUUUCAUUUAAAGAGACAUACCCUAGUUUUUAAACACUAAGGCAUAUUUUUCACUAUUAGAGACAUUUAUGAUCACUGAACUCAAACAUUACUUACAUUUUAUUGUUUAGAUUAUCCAUUUCUGUACAACCAAAGUGUUUGUGGUUAUCCUGGUAUUUCUAAUACCACAGAAUACAUUUUUCAUAUUUUUAAAAAUGCACAUGCGUCUGAGAAGUAACUGUAACUGUUAUGGAGUCGCGGUUUUAUUCUAUUUUUAAGGCUAUUUCAACAUCACAGACUCUUGUUUCACUCUGUUGUAUCCAGAUUUGUUACAGGUUUGUAAAUUAGUGUCCAUUGUUACGGGUUUAAACUAUAGAGUUUAGGUGAAAAUUAUGCCUUAGAGUUUAAAAACUAGGGUGUGUCCCUUUAAUGAUAGGCACAAAAACCAGUCUACUGACCGAGCACGUGACUUGGUCUCCUAGUUGCGCUACUAGUGAUUUUCAUUAUUAAAAUAUUUUAUGCUUUUGACCAUGACAAAUCUGUAUCAUUCCAUGGCCGUACUCUGAUCAAAAUUCGUGUGUGUGUGUGGGGUGUACUACUUUUUAUAAACAAAUGAAACACUAUACAUAUUAAACCCCGAGAUGUGUAUGCUAUUUUCUGGAGUUUAAAAAAAAAAAAAGUGAGAUUCUCAGAGGGGGAACUAGUAAAUUUGUAAGUAGAUGGCUUCUAACAUGCACAUUGAUGUUCACAAUGUUUCAUAUGCAAUUGAUUUGUAACCAAUUUCUAGUCUGUAUAACUUAAAAGCUUCUUGGAGUCCUUGCAAGCAACUGUAAAUUACCUACAGUAUAAUUCUGCCUUUAUUAAUCAUAGAUAGAAAGUCUUAAUUGAUCUAAGGACGUGAUGAUAAUGUUGAAAUAAAUAUACCUACAUGUAACUCACUACUUGGCAAUGCUGUUUAUCAUGCUCUUGUGAAUUGAUGCUGUUCUUCUAUUACUAAUGAUUCGCAAAGAACAAGGGGCCUAAUUCACACAGCUCUCUUAGGCUCUGCUAGACAACAAAGCAUCCUCUUUGCAAGUCUUUGUGCAUUGCACUGCGAUAUCACAAAGUUGCAAGAGUUUUGUGAAUUAGGUCCUAGGUCUCAAAUAUAAAAUAAAAUAAGGUCUGUUAUUAUUGUUGUUUAUUUUUUAAAUUAACAGGCUAAAAGAAAUGUGUCCUGUUAAGGAAAAACAAAGUGGGCUGUUGGAAAAAAAUAUUGCUUCGGGCUAAACAUGGGUUUGGGAAAAUAUGGGAGAAAUUACGACCUCAUAAGAUAUGUUUUAGAGCAUUAUGAUAUUAAAAUAUUUAUUACAGAAUCACAAGCUAUAUACAGGUAGCAGAUGAGAUAAUCAUACAUGUAUAUAGCUUUGUCACUUUAAAACAGUGACCUGUGAUUUUGAUGGUGGUUUUACCAGAUGAAUUUAUAUUUCACCUUUUACAGGUAGAUCUAAAAUGGACUGUUUUUGCUUUUUGAAAGCUGUAAUUUUGAGCUUGUAGGACAACAUCAAUACACACUUAAAUUGUGCAAUAUUAAAAGUAUUGCCUCUUAAUUAGGUUGUCGAGUGUUCAUAAAGUCUCUACUCUGGACAGAUAGCCGAGAUGUGUGCCCGGGAUUUACAUGCUUGAACUAAGCUAAUGUAAGCACCAAAGUCAGUUAUAUUUGGUUACACAUCCUCACAUGGAAAGCAAAUUUGUAAAACUGAUAACAGAAGCUAUUAUUAUUUAUCGUGCUAUUUUUUGUUUGUUUACAUAAUAUACAUUUAUCAGUGUUUAUUUAUCGCCUAAAAAUGUGUCUGAUUGUACAUAUAUACAUAUACAUGUAUACACUUAUAUACACACACACCCCUCCUCCCCCCCCCCCCCCCCCCCCCCAUUUGUAUAUUUUUGUAAAUUUUAUACUUUGUGUUCAGUUUAGGUGCCAAAUAAUCAGUGUGUUAUUAUGUUAGUGUACUACUUCUGAUGAUUCUGGUAGUCAAGGGCAGUUUCAGAAAUCGAAUACAUUGGUUAGACCACCUCUGUUAUGGAAAUAAAAGACUGUUCAUUUUACAAUAGCAUAUUUUAAACUAUGGCCAUUUGAUGAGACAGAGACAGAGAAAUGGACAGAGACAGAGAAAUGGACAGAGACAGAGAGAGACAGACAGACGGAGAGAGCAAUGGACAAAUGGGUGGAAAGAGAGAGAGAAAUGGACAGACAAAGAGAAAAUGAACAGACAGACAGAGAAAUGGACAGAUGGAGUGAGAAAUGGACAGAUGGAGAAAGAGAAAAAUGGACAGACGGAGAGAGAAAUGGACUAAUGGAGAGAGAGAAAUGGACAGACUGAGAGAGAGAGAAAUGGACAGAGAGAGAGAGAGAAAUGGACAGACCGAGAUUAACGGACAAAGAGAGAAACGGACAGACAUGUGUUCUGCAAUAAACUUAGCCACUCUGGUUAGAACCAGAGUGGGGGGAUGGGGUGGGCCCAAGACCCCAUCAUAAACAGCAGAAAUUAACUGACCUGAAUGGAUGAUCCAUUUCAAUUUCUGGAACAGCCCUUUGUUUAGUUACCGUUAUUAUUAUGUACAAAUGUUCUUUUAUCUCUUUGUUGCAUGUAAACAUAUACUUCUUGGUGUUUCAUAGGACAGACAAAUCUUGAUAGAUCACAGAUAGCCAGUUCGUCUUGGUAGACUAAGAAGUUGUGAGCCACCGGUGUUGCCAGGAUUUUAUAUUGGGGAGUGGGACACCCACAUUGGGGGAACCAGCAAAAUUGUCUAUAAGGCAUGUUAUGGGACGACAGGACAUUAUAUAAUUUAUAGCGAAUGAAUUAUCAUAUUUUCUCAAAAAGAGAAUAUACAUUGUACAUAUAUCAAAGAGCACUGCCAGUCAGCGAUAUGGCUGCUUUUACUCGGUAAAUAUUUCACACUGCUUAGCAGGCUUUUAUAGUGCAAGGCAAGUUCCGACUUGAACGUGGGGUCAUUCAGUGCUAAUGUUUGCUAGACAGUUUUUUUCACACUACACAUUAACCAUAGUUUGCAAACAUUUAGUUGAAAACAGCUGGCCGAUUGUAGGCCUGGGGCCUAAUUCACUAAACUUUGCCGAUCUCGCAGUGCAAUACUAAAAGCUUUGCAAAGAGGAUGCGUUGUUGUGUAACGGAGCCAAAGAGAGCUUUGUAAAUUAGGCCCCUGGUUGGUCGAAUACUGUCUUGCUAUGGCAAAAGGCAGUGAUCGUGUCAGGUAUAAAAUGAGUUAAUGUAUUGUUGUGGUAUUUUUCUCUAGAAAAGCCAGUUUGAUAACUGAAAUUGGACAUUACUCUGUAUUUUAGUGUUUAGAUAAUCAAUUUCUGUACAUCCAACGUGUUUCUGAUCAUCCUGGUGCUUGUAAUAUAUAUACCAUGAAAUGCAUUUUUAAAAUUUAAUUCUAAAAAUGCAUGCACCUCCAAGAAGUAACAGAUGCAGGGACUACAUGUGUAAUUGUAGUCUAUUUUUAGAGCAUUUCCUCAUUUUAACAUCACAGACUAAGUUCACUCUCUUGUAACUUUAUUCAGGGGUGUUACAGGUUUAUAGAUUAAACAAACUUAGUGUCCAUUUCCACGGGUUAAAAUUAGGGUCUGUAACUUGAAAAUAAGCAUCAAAAUAACAUAGCAAGAUACCCGAGAAAUUUCUUCCCGAAACACUGACCUUGAGAUGCAAAACUGAAACACUGACCUUGAGAUGCAAAACUGAAACACUGACCUUGAGAUGCAAAACUGAAACACUGACCUUGAGAUGCAAAACUGAAACACUGACCUUGUGAUACAAAAUCACCCAUCUGCUUAAUAAAAUCUUCACCUUGGCUCUGUUCCACGAAGCGAUCUUGGUCCUAAGAUCAAUUUAAGUGCAUAGGGUAGCUAUGCACUUACGGUAAUCUUAGGGCUAAGAUUGCUUCGUGGAACAGAGCCCAGAUGGAUAAAUUAAAGGCACAAAAUGUUAUUUUCUCAAUGGAUGAAGGAGCCGACGUAAGUCAACACCAGCUGUGCCCAUGACAGGCGUGCGCUACGACAGCUUGCUCUGAAUGUGCACGUUAAAACCUACGACACAACCUGACCUGACCUGACCUGAUUUUUUCAAAAUUGUAAAUUUACCACUCAAUACCUUUUGCCUUAGCAAGCCAUAAAACUGAACUCAUGGCCUUGAGAUCAACUUACAUGUAGAUAUAGCUAUUCUUCAGCUGAAUCUAUUACCUGUAAAAGUUAUCAGUUGGGGAGUUGUCGUUAUAUCAUCUGUUAUUCAUAUCCUGUUUUUAUUUCUCAUAAAUAUACGUGUACCUAUAUACACCAAUUGUUUGACACUUCUGUUACUUAUAUCCAUGCAAAACAAUAUUUGUUUUAAAUUUGUAUUUGUAUUUUUGAUAAAACCUUUGUUUCGUGGGGUUUUUUUAUUAUUAUUUUUUAAUUUGGAACCAUGUCAUUUUAAUCAGUUUUAUUCAAGCCAUGUUCCUUUGAUGUUACAAAUGUUUAAAAUAUAAUUCCAUAACUACAAUUGAGGACCCAGAACUUUUAGUUUUUUAACUUUGAGUAAAACUUUUUUUUAAUGGACCAAUUUCAUUUUAAUCACAUUUUAUUUGUGUUCCUUUAAAUCUUACAAAAAUUACAACAUAUUAUUCCAAAUAAACCACAAACAAGGACCUAGAACCUGACUUUUCUCCAGAUUUAGUCUUUCACCAUUAAAAACCACUAAUAUAACAUGUUAAGACAGUACAUUUGUAUGUUAAACAGGUAUGUAUUAUUAGAAGUCAUAUCAUUCUAAUGGUGCUUGAAUGUCUUGUGAUCUGUCAGUGGUUUAUGACUAAAACUACAUAUUAAAAACAUUUCUUGUUUAUAAUAUCAGUGUGUAUAAACUGUGCGUCUCUGGUCAUCCUAAUCUUUGUAGUUGUUCAAACUUCAUUUUAUUUCCUAAUACAGUCAAACCUGUCUAAACUGGACCCUGAACAAACCAAAAUCCUAUCAAAACCGACAGCUUCAUUGUCCUGAAUUUUCUAAUUUCUAAAACGCGACCCUCUAAACAUAAGGGCCCGUGCUUAUAAAACUUUUAGAGUCCGGACUCUAAUCACACGCAUGCUAUUUGUAUGGCGUUGUCAUGACAUUACUGUCUGAGAUAGUUUAGAGUCCGGACUCUAAUCUCUAAUGACGUCACGCGCAUGCUAUUUGUAUGGUGUUGUCAUGACAUUACUGUCUGAGAUACGUUUAGAGUCUGGACUCUAAUCUCUAAUGACAUCACGCGCAUGCUAUUUGUAUAGCGUUGUCGUGACAUUACUGUCUCAGAUACGUUUAGAGUCCAGACUCUAAUCUCUAAUGACGUCACGCGCAUGCUAUUUGUAUAGCGUUGUCGUGACAUUACUGUCUUAGAUACGUUUAGAGUCCGGACUCUAAUCUCUAAUGACGUCACGCGCAUGCUAUUUGUAUGGCGUUGUCGUGACAUUACUGUCUGAGAUACGUUUAGAGUCCGGACUCUAAUCUCUAAUGACGUCACGCGCAUGCUAUUUGUAUGGCGUUGUCGUGACAUUACUGUCUCAAAUACGUUUAGAGUCCGGACUCUAAUCUCUAAUGACGUCACGCGCAUGCUAUUUGUAUAGCGUUGUCGUGACAUUACUGUCUCAGAUACGUUUAGAGUCCGGACUCUAAUCUCUAAUGACGUCAAGCGCAUGCUAUUUGUAUAGCGUUGUCGUGACAUUACUGUCUGAGAUACGUUUAGAGUCCGGACUCUAAUCUCUAAUGACGUCACGCGCAUGCUAUUUGUAUAGCGUUGUCGUGACAUUACUGUCUGAGAUACGUUUAGAGUCCGGACUCUAAUCUCUAAUGACGUCACGCGCAUGCUAUUUGUAUAGCGUUGUCGUGACAUUACUGUCUGAGAUACGUUUAGAGUCCGGACUCUAAUCUCUAAUGACGUCACGCGCAUGCUAUUUAUAUAGCGUUGUCGUGACAUUACUGUCUGAGAUACGUUUAGAGUCCGGACUCUAAUCUCUAAUAGCUUUAUAAGCACCAGGCCAGCCAGAUCCAGUCUAAAUUGAAUAAAUUAAUAUUAGAUUCCUGGGAUGAUUCGGUUUAAACAGGUUUUACUGUAUAUAUUUUCCCGUAUAUACAAAAUUAUUUGGAGGCAAAAUCUAUUAGUCAGAAAUAUUGUUAACAACAGCAAGAAACUUUGGACAGUCUCUUUUAUGUUAUGUUGUGGAUUCUUAAGUGACAGUGAGAAUUACUGUUAAGUGUAAUAUGAACAUGGUCUUUUAAAAGCUUUUUAAGGUCAUUUUUUUAUAUUUAAAAAGAUCUGAAUAUUUUAUUCUUCUGCUCAAAGUGUUCACCUUUUGGUUGCUUUACAAUUGUUUUCCGUUUGUGUUGUCAAAUUAAGAACAUUUCCUAGUUGGAAAUCCUCGGAUGUGUUCGUGACCUGACUGUGUAAGGCAAUACAAAAUCAAGAAUGAUACACCAGAACAUGUGAUAAAAAAUCUGUAACAUAUUGCAGAUAGUUGCAGACCAUUGACAAUUUUACUGAGAUCAUACAUGUAGUUACAUGUGAUCUCAAGUUCAUGUGCAAAAUUGUUUGCAGAAAGCAUUAAUGGAGGGUUCAGUUAUUGUAUAAAGUAAUAUCUGCAGUGAUAUCUACAUUGUACAUCUGAUCUGUGGUAUUUACAGAUAUUUUCAAAACCAGACUUUAUAUAGUACCCUCCGACCUUGAAUCUGUUGAUGUGUUGGUCUACAUAGAUGGGAUGUCAUUGUUGGAUCAAGCCUUACGAACAUGUCCGAGGUUUUCCCCCCAAUUAGAAAUCUCUGUAAAACAUGUUUUUCAUGCUUACUGAAAAUAAUUAAAUGCUUUGUAAAAUAUGAA